AUGCGCGGAGUGCCCCCGCAGCCCCCGCCCUGCCUCCCCGUUUUCGGCCGCUCGGGGCAAAUCUCCGGAAAUGCUCCUAUGUGUCAGGCACCUGGAGCCUCCGCCCCGCCGCCCAAAGUCCGGAAAGCUGGGACAAGCGGCCCCCAGCAGCGCAGUGGAGAGUUUGGAAGCCAGGGAAGCGGCUGGGCUCGGUCCCAGCUGCCCCGGCCGCCGCUUCCUGCAGAGCCAGCCCCGCUGCCCUCCGCCCGCAGCGCGGCCUCUCGCUGCAGGGAUCCCCGUGGAGAGGGUCCUGGAGCAGAAGCCGGGGCAGAGAAGCGGCAGGAGCCUUUGCUCGGGCCCCUCGCUCCCCGGCCUUGCACGCAGAAGCCGAGCUGGCUUCCCCUCGCGGUGAGCGGGCGGUGCGAUGCCCUGUUCCCCGAUCCCCGCAGCAGCCCUCUGCCUCUCUUUGCAGCCAGCGACCGGGACUCGCCCGAGCUGCCCGAGGAGCCGGCGGAGCGGCGAGAGGAGGAGGAGGAGCGCGGCGAGGAGCCGGGCGAGCCCGAGCAGCGCGCCGCCGGCCGCAAGAAGAAGACGCGCACCGUGUUCAGCCGCAGCCAGGUGUUCCAGCUGGAGUCCACCUUCGACGUGAAGCGCUACCUGAGCAGCUCCGAGCGGGCCGGGCUGGCCGCCUCGCUGCACCUCACCGAGACCCAGGUGAAGAUCUGGUUCCAGAACCGCCGCAACAAGUGGAAGCGGCAGCUGGCCGCAGACCUGGAAGCGGCCAACCUCUCCCACGCCGCCCAAAGGAUAGUGCGGGUCCCUAUUUUGUACCACGAGAACUCGCCGGCGAGCGCCCUGGGCUUCACCCUGCCGCACAUGUCACCGCCCUUGGUGGGCUUCUCCAGCGGCGUCAGCUACCCCCUGGGCACCUUCCCCGCCGCCUCCCUCCCUUUCCUACGGUCGCAGAUGACAGGACUCGUCUGAGCGCCCACCUCGGCAGGGACCGCGGCCCCUUCGCCCCCUCCCUCGGCUUGCAGCUCCACCCCCCCUUCCUCCACGGACUUUUUAUUUUCAACUUACACGUUUCUUGAUUUUCUGCUUUUUGACUUUUUGAUUUUUUU